GUUAAGGUACGUGGCUGAUGGAAGCCAUAUAUUUUCUUACUAGAUUUGUGGGGGCUAGUGUUGAAGUAAUUUUGGAGAAAUCCUGUAAUCCGAUACACGAGAUCUGGAACCUUUCAGCGAAUAUAGUACAUAAACGUGUAAUGAAUGGAUAAGUUGGCUGUUUUGUAAUGCCAUUAGAUUUCUGUAUAGCUCCAUUGGCGAUGAUGAAAACGCCGUAAAUCAAAGAUUAAGAACCAUGUUUCCUUCCCUGUUAAGCUCUACUGACACACACAUUGUAUUCUCAAAAACUGUUCGUAAUUUCUUUUUCUUUUUUUAUUUAAUAAUUUCGUUUUUUAAAUUUAAUUUUUGUUUUUUUAAUAUAUUGAUUUCGUUUUUUUUUUUAAAUCUAAUAUUUUCCUUUUUGUUUAUCAAUUUCGUUUUUUAAAUAAUUUCGUUUUUAUAUCUAAUUAUUUUGUUUUUCAUUCAUUAAUUUCGUUUUUAUUUAGUUUUGGUAUAGAUCUAGAUAUAUUAAUUUCGUUUUUUAUGUAAGAAUUUUGUUUUUUGAAUUUAGUUUUUGGUUUGCACUAAUGGGCUUUCGUAUUAUUCUGUAAUUAUGACUUAUAUAAUGACUUUUUAUCUCGUAAUGAAUUUGAUGAACAAUUUAGCUUGAAAUAAAGAUUAUGUGCGACAUCAGAAUCAUUCUCGAAUGCAUCAGAAUAUUGAAUUACAGUCGGGCGCGAAAUGACGAAAAAUAUUAAUUAUAGGCGCAUGCGUACUUUACUUAACAACAGUCAACAGUGCGGGGUUGCAUAUUGCAGGCAAUAAUAUUGAUUUACAAAUGAAAGUCUAAUGUAAAUACGUAACUUUGGAAAGGUUUUCGCUUCUUAAAUUCAUAAUGUACAGCCGUGGAAACACUACAGGUCUUAGUGCUAUCAGCUAUGGUUCCAAUUUCUCUGGUGGUUCUCAGGCAAGAAAACCUGGCCAGAAAAAUAAGAGAGUUCAAGUUUGGGCCAGAGUUCGACCUACAUCAGAAUUUGCAUAUGAUAAUUUGGAGCUUUUGCCAGAUGGAAAGAGCGUAAAUGUUCAUCAAAGAAAAGAUUCCAAAAGAGGCGUUGUAAACAACCAGAUUCUGGACUGGUCAUUUCGGCUGGAUGGAAUUUUUCACAAUGCAUCUCAGGAUCAAGUGUUUGAGACAGUGUCUUCUGAUAUCAUAACUUCAGCUCUGGAUGGAUAUAAUGGAACAAUGAUGGCUUAUGGUCAGACAGGAGCUGGGAAGACAUUUACGAUAACAGGUGCCACAGAAAGCUACAAGCAAAGAGGCCUUGUACCACGGUCACUAUCUCAACUGUUUAAGGAAAUCGAAGAAAGGCCAGAAUAUGCUAUCACUGUCCGGGUGUCAUACCUAGAGAUCUACAAUGAGACAAUGUCAGACUUGCUGUCAACAUUGCCAGAAACCUGGAAGAACAAAGAGGAUGGUCAGGACCAGGCCAUGGUCGUCGUGGAGAAUCAGGAUGGGGUGUACGUGAAGGGUCUGUCCUGUCACCUUGCUCAGUCUGAAGAGGAGGCUCUCAACCUACUGUUUGAGGGAGAGACAAAUCGGGCCAUUGCUGCACAUUCACUCAACAAACAGUCCUCCAGAUCGCACUGUAUUUUCACAGUGUAUUUAGAGACAAGAUCCAGGGUACAGUCCAAUGCUAAAUACACCAUCUCUAAACUGAACUUUGUUGACCUAGCAGGAUCAGAACGUCUAGGAAAAACCAAAUCAGAGGGCAAGACACAACAAGAGGCAAUGUACAUUAAUAAAUCGUUGACAUUCUUGGAACAAGUGAUCGUGGCUCUGGCUGACAGGAGGCGAGAACACAUUCCCUUUAGACAGUCCAAACUAACACACUGUCUGAAAGACUCCAUAGGAGGCAACUGCAAUACUCUACUGGUCGCCAAUGUCUGGGGGGAGGAAGCUCAGCUGGAGGAGACGGUGUCCACACUUCGCUUUGCCACCAGAAUGAUGUGUGUAGCAAGUGAACCAGCCAGAAAUGAACUUUAUGACCCCGUUGUUUUAGUGAAGAAACUGGAGAGGGAAAUUCAACAUUUAAAGAAUGAGCUAGCUAUGCAUGAUACUCUGACAAAUCGAAGCAUGGUGUCAUAUGAUCCUUUGUCAGAGCAAAAACGAUACGAAAUCCGACAGCAAGUUAGAAAAUACUUAGAUGGAUCUAUAGACGAAAUUGAUAUUGUGAAUGUAAGGCAGAUUCAUGGAACAUUCGAAGCAUUUAAGGAAAUUUGCAUUCAAAUGGAAGGUGACAUAGAACAGAGACUGAGAGAAAAGUUCACCUUGAUUGAUAAAUCUGACCCCGCUGCCAUUGCUGCUGCACAACAGAGUGAAUACGAGGCUGGAGUAAACAUCACAGAUGAAGGAAUCUUGGUUGGAGAUACAGAUGGUCAAGGUUUUGGGGUGGGUGUGGCCCCAAAAUCUGCAAAGGCUGAUCCCUCAGCUGUCGUCCAACUCAAAAAGAAGGAAAGGGAGAAAGACAAGCGGGGCAGAGGAGGAAGGGACACCAAGAGCCCUGUUGGUGGUAAGAGUGUGAGUAGUCCUUCACAUAGUGCCAAGGGAGAGAGAGAAGUCAAGUCACCCCACCCGUCUGUGGAUCGCCCAGACCACGAAGAUGCCCCCACCCCCGUCAGUUCCACUGGUCCAUCACGAGCUGACAAGCUUGCCCGUCCAAGCACCCCACCUAGUCGAACGGCUAAAUUUGAGGAGUUUAAACAGGAGAGAGGUGUAGAAAUCAAUAAAAUCCUUGUAGAAAACAAAGAAAUCCUAGCAUCCAAGAAGAAAACCUAUGCAGAUUUAGCCAAACAAAUAAAUAACUCAAAGGCGGAAAUCGAUAUGGCACGAGAUAAAUUGGAGAGGCUGAAGGAAGAAAGGGAGGCAAAUGGACCUCAGUACAAUGAAGAUGGAGAUGUGAUUAUCAGUGAGGAAGAAUUCCUCGAGAUCAAGAGGCUAAGGGACCUCAAACAGCAGUAUAGAAGUGGAUAUGAUGAACUGAAAAAUCUGAAAGCAGAAGUUCAGUAUUGUCAGAAACUGGUGGACCAAUGUCGACAGCGACUUAUCAAUGAAUUUGACAACUGGUAUGCAGAGAGUUUUCUGAACCAGACAGAUGACAUUUCCAGUUCUGCGGCUGGUCACGGACUGCGACCAGGGGUGAUCCUCCCGUUCAAUCCAAACCAAGUGCCUGAGGACGAGCAGGAGAAGUUUGAUCGCCUCCAGAUGGAGCUUCUGAUGAACAACCCGGACUCAGCCGCCUACUACAACGCUCAGAUGAGAACUCAGAGGCGGAAAACGUACGAAACUGCCAUGUCACAACCCCAGCCCUCUCUCCGACCUUCCCCUGGGAUUCCCAAAAUGACGGUCAGAAACAAACCUCCAAACAUGCUUCAGGUCUCCAAUUAGACAGUAUUAAUUUAUAUCGCAAAGCGCCUCUCCUGCUGUUGGAACUGGAUUUAUUGAAGAUCUUGUUUCAUUUUUUUCCUGUGAAACUUGGAAUGAAUAUUUUUAUAACACAGAACAAUCAGUAGUACAAUGUACUUAAUCCUUUACAAAUUUUAUAUCCUUGUUAUCAAAUAUUAAAGUACUUAAGAAUCUAAAGAUUCAGACUUGUGCUAUUUUUGUUAAAAAUGUACAUAUUCAAUAUAUCAAUGUUAACUAUGUCAUGUUUGUAUCAUAUGUAUAUAUAUUUAUAUUGCACACAUUUUCUUCUGAACACUUGUUGUUAAACAGAGCUGGUGAAGAUGGAUAUUGUAGUAUGUGAAAAAUGACUUCUUGCAGUUUUGUUCAAUUUUUUAAAUAUUCAAAGUUUUCGUGACAAUGUGUGUCAAUGGCUUGCAUUCCGUCCCUUUUGUUGUUUUAUCUUUUGUAAAGUACUGUAUGUGAAAUGUCUACAAUAAAAUAUUAGGAUCGUAAA